UUCAAGAUGUAACCAGAGUCACCCCUGAGAUUUGUGAAAACUGUGAGAAAAAUAAAGUUGUACACGUGUACUGGGGUCAGAGCCUCCAUCUAGACUGUACAUUACACUCUUACGAUGUUGGUGGAACAGAAAUGGGGUUAAUACAGUGGACCCAUCUUAGUCAUGAGAAGGGUCCUCGUUCCAUCAAACCUCAUCGAGAUAAGUACCUCCUCACCUCAGACCAUGGACUGGUCAUCAUGGCAGUGACUGGUCGUGAUACUGGACAGUACGAAUGUAAACUAGGAGAUGACACGCUGUGUAAUUACAACGUGACAGUGGACUCGAAGACCUGUAAUGCUCCUUCAGAAAAUGAUUACAAGAAGAUAUAUUCUGACUGGUGUCAGGAGUUUGAAAAGUAUAAAUUGGCCAUGAAAGCCUGGCAAAGUAAACAAGCU